AUGGACGCCUCUACAAAGGAGACUCAGGCGCAAAUCCUGCAAAUGACGCAGUUCAUCCUGAACGAGGCCAGAGAUAAAGCUGAAGAGAUCGACACCAAAGCGCUGCAGGAAGAAAGCAUUGAACGCUUGAAGAUUGUGAACUCCAUGAAGGAGAAGAUCCAGCAGGAGUAUGCAAGGAAGACAAAGCAGAUCGAGACGCAGGCUGCCAUUGCGCGGUCGACCGCCAUCAACAGGUCACGGCUGGAAAAGAUCAAGAGUCGGCAGGACCCGGAUGCAGGGUCCUAG